AUGUUUUGUACCUCCGAGUCCGCUAUCGAUGUUGAUAGCGCAAGAGAGGAUAUCCGUCGUCUGAAAGAUGGAGAAAUUCUGAAGUACUGUCCGGGAUUCUUCAGUUCAAAAUGGAAGAAAAUGUAUGCAGUUUUGUUCAGUGACUCAAAACUUGUUUGGUAUGAACAAAAGGGAGACCGAAAACCAAAAGGAGGAGUUCAGUUGACGGAGGUCAUUCCAUACAUUUGCGUUGGACUCAUGACGGAUAGAAUGCCAAUUAAAAGACCGAGCAUACCAGAAGGAAACUCAGUUCAUCAUGUCGUUGGAAUCGGAAUGAAUUCGAAGGCGGAUCCAUGUCACUGGAUACUUUUCUCAUCGGAUUCGUAUAUUGAAUCCUGGUUCACUGAGAUCACAAAAACAUUGCCAAAACCAGCAAACCCACCGCAGAAUGGACCGCCACAGGGGCCACCACAAGGUUCCCCACAAGUAGCUCCUCCACCACAACAACAAAAUAAUGGAGGAUACGCCCCUCCACCUGCAUAUCCAAAUGCUCCACCACCAAAUCAGUACGCUGGACACCAUGGAGGGCAACAGUACCCUCCGAACAACUAUGCACAGGGAAGUUCUACUCAUACUACUGUAAUUGUUCAAGACGGAGGAGGAGGUUACGGCAAUGAUGGAUAUGGAAGUGCUUUUGGGGCUGCAGCAGUUGGUUUGGGAACUGGAAUGUUGGCUGGUGGACUCAUGGGUUAUGGAUUGGGAUCAAUGUGGGGAGGGCAUUCGUUUGGUGGUAUGGGAAUGGGAAUGGGCGGUGGAUACUAUUCUGACAAUGACACCACUGUAACCAACAACUACUACAAUACUGAUAGUGGGAACAAUGCAGUGGGAGGAACGAAUAACGCCAACAAUACUGAGAAUCAAAACAACCAACCGCAACAGCAAGAGAAUCAGGAUGUCGAACAAGGAAAUGAUCCAUAUGACUCUGGAAACUACGGAGAACAGGACUACGGUGGUUAUGACGCUGGAGAUAACGGAUACGAUGCCGGUGACUUUGGUGGAGGAGAUUACGGUGGAGGUGGAGACUACGGUGGCGGUGGAGACUAUGGGGGAGAACCAGUUACUCUCGCGACUCAUGCCACGUCUGAUAUGAUGAAAACGUUGGAAGAAAUGCCAAAAAUGUGGGAUGGCCCUAUUUCUGUUGGAUUAUUUCUUGACAUUCACACCGUCAACGCGUUGAAGUAUUUGGAGGGACUACACAAGUGUCUUCCAGAUUUCAAUAGAAAGAUGACCAUUCAUUUUGCCUAUCGCAUAUCGGCUUUCCAAACUUCUUGCCCAACAGUUUCAGUACCCAAACAAACAGUUUUCUGCGAAAACUUUUUGAGAAACAAAGAAUCCCUACGCCGGAAAAUCUCCGGACCCUUCAUCCUCUAUCCGUGUAGUCUCAUGAGAAACAUUGCCCAUUGGGGUGUAAAAUCAGAUAUUCAUUUCAUUAUGGAUGGUGAUAUGAUUGUCAGCGAAGGACUGGCUCGAAAAAUAAAGUCAAUAACAAACAAAAUGAUCGAUGGAAAAUCAAGAAAUGUGUUGUUAGUGAGGAGAUUUGAGAAUGCAAACGAUACAGUGAUACCCAGAGAUUUUGGACAACUGAAAGAUUCUCUCAUGAACAACAAGACCUUUGAGUUCCAUCACAAAUUCUAUUUCGGUGGACACAAAAUUGAGAACUUGGAUCAUUGA